AUGUUACACAAAUCAGCGUUUCUCCGAUUGAGGAGUCAUUAUUUAAAGCAAUUAGUUUACUAUUCUACUACUAAGAAUAGUCGUAUAAUAGCAAUACGCAGAGAAGAUCAAUCAGUAUGGGAGAGACGGGCGCCAUUUUCACCGGCCAACGUCAAUCGACUGGUCAAGCAAGGUGUUAAAGUUAUUGUACAGCCAUCCAACCGUAGGGCUUAUCCGAUGCAGGCAUACAUAAGUGCAGGAGCAAUUGUCCAAGAAGAUAUUAGCGAGGCAAAUGUGAUAUUCGGCGUGAAACAAACACCGAUCGAUCUCCUUAUACCCAACAAGACCUAUUGCUUUUUUUCCCAUACUAUCAAAGCUCAAGAGGCUAAUAUGCCAAUGUUGGACGCUAUUUUGGCGAAGCAAAUAAGAUUAUUAGACUACGAAAAGCUCAUGGACGAUUCUGGAAACCGUGUUGUGGCGUUUGGUAAAUACGCGGGAGUAGCUGGUAUGAUUAAUAUACUACACGGUAUUGGGUUGAGACUACUUGCUCUAGGCCACCACACACCUUUUAUGCAUAUAGGUCCAGCACACAACUACCGUAACUCAAUGAUGGCUCGUCAAGCGAUCCGGGACGCCGGCUAUGAAGUGUCGCUCGGCAUGAUGCCUAAAUCCUUAGGGCCAAUUACAUUCGUCUUCACCGGCUCCGGCAAUGUAUCUCAGGGAAGUCAGGAAAUAUUUCAAGAACUACCCUUCGAGUACGUGCCGCCGGAGAUGUUGAGUAAAGUAGCAGAACAUGGAAGUACGUUACGUCCCAACAAAAUCUAUGGGUGUGAGGUGCGCAGAAGACAUCACUUGGAAAGAAAGAACGGAGGAGGUUACGAUGCACAAGAGUACGACGAGUUUCCCGAGCGAUACAUCUCUACGUUCGCACAAAAGAUUGCACCGUACACAUCAGUUCUUGUAAACUGCAUCUACUGGGCCGUCGGUAGUCCGAAGUUACUGACGAUUCCUAAUGCAAAACAUUUGUUGCUACCUUCACACACGCCAUGGCUGCCGAAGAGUGUAGGGGCACCAGCUUUGCCGCACAGAAUGUUAGCUAUCUGUGAUAUUUCGGCGGAUCCGGGCGGUUCGAUCGAGUUCAUGAACGAGUGUACCACCAUCGACACACCCUUCUGUUUAUACGAUGCUGAUAGGAACAAGGACACUAAAAGUUUCAAAGGGCCAGGUGUGUUAGUAUGUUCUAUUGAUAAUAUGCCUACACAAUUACCGAGAGAGUCGACUGAUUUCUUUGGGGAUUUGCUUUUACCGUAUGCUGAGGAUAUUAUAAAAUCUGACGCAACUAAGCCACUGGAGGAUCAUGACUUUUCACCAGUAGUUCAAGGGGCUAUUAUCACUAGCAACGGCAAGCUGACUCCUGCUUUUGAAUACAUAAACGAACUCAGAAUGGCCAACACACGAUCCCGGCAUAAAGUGGAAGGUAAUGCUCAACAAACUCCUAUCGUUAUUCUUGGCUCUGGACUGGUGGCCGGUCCUGUGGUGGAAUACUUAGCGAGGGAUAAGAAUAUUGCUGUCACAAUAGCGUCAGCAGUAAAGGAAGAAGCUGAAGCUUUAGCGUUGCGCUACGGUGUUUCCUCAGAAUAUAUCGAUGCUAAGGACGAGUCCGCUCUAAGAUCGCUCGCAGCCAAGGCGAGGGUAGUUGUGUCUUUACUGCCGUACGAAUUACACGGAUCUGUAGCAAAGGCAUGUAUAAGUACCGGCGCUCAUAUGGUCACCGCUUCAUAUGUUAGGCCUGAAAUCCAAGAGCUGCAUAAAGCUGCAAAAGACGCCAACGUUACGUUACUGAAUGAGGUAGGCUUAGACCCUGGUAUCGACCAUCUACUGGCUCUGGAGUGCAUUCACAAUAUACAGAACCAAGGGGGCAGAAUCAACUCGUUCGUCUCUUAUUGUGGAGGGAUACCGGCGCCUGAGUUUAGUGACAAUGCGCUGAGGUACAAAUUCUCAUGGAGCCCUCGUGGUGUACUACUCAAUACUAUAUCUGGUGCUAAAUAUUUAAGUAAAGGACAGAUCGUGGAGGUUUUGAGUGGGGGAGAGCUGAUGUCUGUGGCUCGAGAGCUGAAUUUCCUCCCCGGAUUUGCGUUCGAAGGGUUCCCUAACAGGGACAGCACCAAGUAUGCUUCGCUGUAUGGGAUUGAAGAUGCACAGACUAUGUUCAGAGGAACUAUUAGAUAUAAAGGUUUUGCGGAAGCUAUGAUUGCAAUGCAAUCGUUUGGUUUAGUGGAUCCCAACCCUCAUCCAGCCUUGCAUCCUGAUGGACCUAACAUAACAUGGCGCCAAUUCGCCUGCGAACUAUGCGGAUUCCUAGAUUCAACAAUCUUCUUCGAGAACCUGAGGACGCGGGUAGCGGAGCGCAUCGGUGUCGCGGGAGCACAAGUCAUAGAGUCUCUCGGCCUAUUGUCAGACGUAGAGAUCAUUAAGUGCGGCACACCGUUGGAUACCAUUAGCCAUUAUCUAAGCAAGAGAUUGCAAUUAGGUAAAGAUGAAUCUGACCUUGUAGUCCUCCGACACGAGCUGGGGGUGACGUGGACCGAUGGCGCGAGGGAGCGGCGCGAGGUGACCAUGACGGUUCGUGGCGACCCCGCCACGCACACCGCCAUGGCCUGGACCGUUGGCUUACCCACCGCUAUUGCCGCUAAGAUGGUCCUAGAUGGUGAAAUUCAACAACGCGGUGUAGUUCUGCCUUUCGCCCCUGUGGUCUACAAGUCGAUAUUAUCACGGCUAAGAUCUGACGGCAUCACAGCCAAAGAAACCACCACCCCACUAAAUUGA